GACGUAACAUCCGGUUUCUGGAAACUCUCUAGAACGUUUCACUAUGUUCGCGUGGUUUCCUACUGUGUGUAAGGCCUGAUUGCACAUAGCAAACUAUUUUGGUAUGUGGUGCUAACAGUUGGCUACCCAGUGUCAAAACGAUCUAAUAUGUACACCCUCCAAAUGAGUCUGGACAGUGACAUUUCCUUAGCUAGCUAAUACAGGAACAACAUCUGAGACCUCUUGAGACAACAUUUGCGUUACAGACUGUCAACAGGGACUAUAAUACUGUUGACCUGAUUCACACCAGGACCAGGGCCAGAGGGGGCCAUCGGAAAUGCUGUGUUGGGGAAAUGCUUCCUUCGGUCAGCUAGGUUUGGGUGGGAUCGAUGAGGAGAUUGUGGUGGAACCCCGGAACUGUGAUUUCUUUCAGGGGAAGCAGAUUUGCGAUAUUGGGUGUGGCCGACGGCACACUACAUUUCUACUGGGAGACGGGACUGUAUACACAUGUGGCUGCAAUGACCUUGGUCAACUUGGGCAUGAGAAGUCUCGGAAGAAACCAGAGCAGGUUGUGGCACUAGAUGCACAGAACAUUGUGGCGGUAUCAUGUGGGGAGGCCCAUACUCUCGCUUUGAAUGACAAAGGACAAGUGUUUGCAUGGGGCUUGGCCUCUGAUGGACAGCUGGGUCUUUCAAACUUUGAAGAAUGUGUCCGUGUGCCCAGAAACCUCAAGAGCUUAUCAGAUGUACAAAUUGUUCAGGUAGCCUGUGGAUAUCGGCACUCCCAUGCUCUGUCGAGAGGAGGCCAAGUCUAUUCAUGGGGACAAAACCGAUAUGGACAACUGGGACUGGGAUCAGCAGGACAAGGUGUCUCUACUCCUCAAGUCAUCCAGUCUUUACAGGGGAUUCCCUUCCUUCAGAUAUCUGCUGGGGGGGCUCACAGCUUUGCCCUUACACUCUCAGGAGCUGUCUUUGGUUGGGGGCGCAACAACUUUGGUCAACUGGGCCUCAAUGACAAUAACGAUCAAUAUUAUCCAGCUCUGCUCAAGUCUCUUAGGUCACAGAGGGUCAUCUAUGUCUGCUGUGGGGAGGACCACACUGCUGCACUAACAAAGGAAGGAGGCGUGUUUACAUUUGGAGCAGGAGGUUAUGGCCAGCUUGGACACAACUCUACAAACCAUGAGAUUAACCCCAGGAAGGUGUUUGAGCUUAUGGGAAAUGUUGUGACACAGAUUGCUUGUGGACGACAGCACACUUUGGCCUUCAUCCCCUCGUCCGGGAAGAUUGAUUCAUUUGGUCUGGGAGGGAACGGACAGCUGGGUACUCGCUCCACCUCAAACAGGAACAGCCCUGCCCCAGUCAAAGGGCCCUGGGUAGCCUACAACGGUCCAACUCCCACCAGUACAGACAUGGAGCAGGGCUGUUGGGUGAAGAGGAUAUAUGCUGGAGGUGACCAGAGCUUUGCCCACUAUUACACCCCUGAGAAUUCUCUGGUCCCCAAUGAUGUUAGAGAACCAGAUCCCAGAAGACAAAUAUGUACCUUAUCGGCUGAUCUCGCUCAGAGAUGGCUUGACCACUAUACACCCGGAAGACUCCCGCAAGAGAUUUCAAACGAGAUUGAUCUGCUGUUUUCAUCUGCAAGUUGCCUCAAUGGAAGCUUUCUGGCUGGGAGCCAUCCUGAUCACUACAACACAAGCAGUAAAUGCUCAGGUGUUGAUAUGAACAUGGCGCGUCUCCUGUUUCACAGAGUUGUUCAACAUGACUAUCCAGAAAUCACACAGCAGAUUGCGGCCAGUCUAGAGAAGAACCUGAUUCCCAGGCUAAGCAGCUCCCCUCCAGACAUCGAGGCUCUGAGACUCUACCUCACUCUGCCUGAAUGCCCUCUCUUCAGUGACCGAAACACAUACAUAACUCUGGCCAUCCCGUUUGCCAAGGCACUCGUCAGUCUUAAAGCUGCUCCACUAAAAGUGCUUGGUAACUGGUGGUCUAAAUUUGAGGCCCCAGUCUUCCAGAGGCUGGUGGAGCUUUACAAGGACGUGGUGGUGUAUCUACUCAGGAUGCAUAAGGUGGGAAUUCCCCACUCCGAGCAGCGGGUUUUCACCUGCUUCCUGGAUACAUCUCUCAAGCUCCUGGAAAUGCUACAUGCUGUGAAUGAAAGAGACGGACAUAUCAUACAGUACGACAAAUUCUACAUCCAUGAGUUGGAUGACCUUAUAGACAUCCGAAACGACUAUAUCACUUGGAUUCAACAACAGAUGUACUCAAUGGCUCACGACAGUGCGGUCACGCUGUGUAAAUACCCUUUCGUGUUUGAUGCCCAGGCAAAGACCACCCUGCUCCAGACUGACGCCGUUAUACAAAUGCAGAUGGCUGUAGACCAGGCGCAGCGGCAGAACUUCAGCUCCAUGUUCCUGCCCGUGGUUGUGGAGUCAGUGAACCCUUGCCUCAUCCUCAUCGUACGAAGGGAAAACAUUGUUGGCGAUACCAUGGAGGUCCUCCGAAAGUCCAAAAACGUUGACUACAAGAAACCUCUGAAGGUGAUAUUCGUCGGAGAGGAAGCGGUCGAUGCCGGCGGGGUGAGGAAGGAAUUCUUCCUACUGAUCAUGAGAGAACUCCUGGACCCAAAGUAUGGGAUGUUCCGAUAUUACGAGGAGUCCAGGUUGAUCUGGUUUGCGAACAAGACAUUUGAGGACAUUGACCUGUUCCACCUGGUUGGGGUCAUCUGUGGGCUGGCUAUCUACAACCUCACCAUUGUGGAGCUCCACUUCCCGGUAGCCCUCUACAAGAAGCUCCUAAAGAGGAAACCCACAUUGGAGGAUGUUAAGGAGCUGAUGCCUGAUGUGGGCAGGAAUCUGCAGCAGUUACUGGACUACACUGAAGAUGAUGUUGAAGAAAUUUUCUGCUUGAACUUCACAAUUACAGUGGAAAACUUUGGUGCCACAGAAGUCCUGGAACUGGUCCCCAACGGCUUGGAUAUCUCUGUUGACAAUUCCAACAGGUCAGAAUUUGUCGCCGCAUAUGUGGACUACAUCUUCAACAGAUCCGUCGCCCCGCUCUUCGAAGCCUUUCAUGCAGGCUUCCACAAAGUGUGCGGUGGGAAGGUUCUGGAGCUGUUUCAGCCCAAUGAACUUCAAGCUAUGGUCAUCGGCAACACCAACUACGACUGGAAGGAGCUUGAAAAGAGCACUGAGUACAAAGGAGAGUACUGGGCUGAACAUCCUACCAUCAAGAUCUUCUGGGAGGUGUUCCAUGAUUUAUCUUUGGAGAAGAAGAAGCUGUUUCUCUUGUUUCUCACCGGUAGUGACCGUAUUCCCAUCCUGGGGAUGAAAAGCCUAAAGCUUGUGAUCCAGCCUACGGGAGGUGGGGAACACUACCUGCCAGUGGCACACACCUGCUUCAACCUACUGGACCUGCCAAAGUACAGCAGCCGAGAGACUCUCCAGGACAAACUUCUCCAGGCCAUAGACCACAAUCAAGGUUUCAACCUGGCCUGAUAGAUGGCACACAGACAAUGCCUAGCUCCACCCUCAGACAGUUUAUGGUAAUCAGUCAUUUGCACACUUCGCCUCGCCUGCUCUGCCUCGCCAUCUCUCAAUCAAUUCCUGCUUGGACACUGAAGAACUGUCACUGGUGUGAAAAAAAUAAAGCUACACUGCAUUUAUAGGGGCCAGAUGGUUCUACAAGAGGCUUGAGCGCUGUUUUCCUGACUAGCAAAUCCGAACAGCAUUUAAUUUUCAAGGUCUACCUAUGUUUUGAUAAUUCAGUUAACAUUGUUUGGAUUCUUUUUCUUGUAGAUAAGCUUUUACUCAUGUUUGGAUAUAAACUAGUGUAAAGAAGUUGAAGUUCUGUGUAAAGAAGUAUAAAAUCUUUGAGUUCCGCUGUUCCAAGAUGGUACUGUUCCUGACUUAAAUCUACUAUGGCAAUUUCUGCCAUAAAGAGAAAUGAAUCUUCUACCAUGGUAAAAUGUGGUAUGAAUGUGAGUUUGAUGUUGAGUGGAUGUUCUAGGCUGUAAGCCUAAACCUACGCAUAAAUAUAAUGUAAAAAAAAUAUUAUUAAAAACAUAACACCCAUUCAUAUUGUAUGACAAAGUGUAGAGGUUUAGGCUUCAGUUGUUAGAUUGAUACUUAAAACUGAAUUUUUGUUUAAAAAAAUGUUUAGUUCUCGUUUAUCAAAUGCAAAAAAUAACAAUAAUUACACUCACUGGCCACUAACUUGUUUUGUACCGGAUAGGACCUUCUUUUAACAUCUGCUUCAAGGUUCAACACGUUAUGGUUUCAGGGAUGCCCUUAUUAAUACCCCUUUAUUAAAGAGUAGUUAUUUUAAUAUUUGUGGCCUUUUCAUCCACUUCAACAGAUCUAGCCCUUCUCCUCUAACCUCUCAUUAACAAGGUGUUUACGCCCGUAGAACUGCCACUGAAUGAGGUUUUACAGUAUGUUCGUCACACCAUUUUCUGUAAACUCUAGAGACUGUUGUGUGUGACAAUCCCUGGUCAGCUGUUUCUUAGAGGCUGGAACCAGGUCUGGCAUCAACAAUCAUACCAUGGUAAAAGUUGCUUGAAUCUUCCCCAUUCUAAUGUUUGGUCAAACCUCUUGACCAUGUCUGCAAGGUAUUUGUAUUGAAUUACAGCCACAUGAUUCCAUGUUUGGCUAUUUGCUAUGAGCAAUUGUACCUAAUGUAGUGGCAGGUGAGUGUAUUUUCUAAUUUGUUGAGGGAUAACACUAGAGAACUUCGCUGAUAUAACAUCAAACAGUAGUUAAAUAAAACAUUUUGCACAACCCAGUGGUAUUCAAAGUUUUUCAGUGAGGACCCCAUUAAUUUCAGCCAAAUUCUGGGAAAACUAUUUUGGGGGUCAGAAUUUCUCAUACCCCCACCCAACCACAAAACUAAUUACAUAACUUUAGAAUCUGUACAUUUUUACAUUCAUUAAUAACCUUUUUUUGUAAUAUUUAAUCUGACAGACAUUACUAAUGUACUUUAACAUUUUGUUUUUCAUAUCUCUCCCAUCACCUUCUCAAAAAUGUUCUGUAUUGUCCCAUACAAUAUUGUUCCUGAAAUAAAUAAUGCAUUUUAACAUCACCACUGUGGUUGAGUCACAACCCAGACUAGGAAUCCCACUGAUUUAAAGGAUUUACAGAUCAUAUGGCAUCAAGUGGCAGUGUGGACGGUCUCAUUAAAUAUAGAAUACAUUUUAACGCUGCUCCCAUUUGACCUCAAAAUACCCAUUUAUCCCAUAUGUUCAAACAUAAUCAGGUAAAAAAGGUUAAAAAAAACAGACAUUCAGGUUCACAAAACUUU